CUGGGGGCACCGCUAGCAGGGAGUACGUGUCGAAUUGUGCUUAUGCUGGGGCACAGUGCCGGGGGCAUGUGGGUAUUAGGUAUCAGCUGACUCUGAAGGGGGAGGUGCCAGGCUUUAUAUAGUUACAGUAGGGCAGCACAUUCUGCUUACUCGGCCGUGCCCAGCUGUGUUUAGGGGGCUCUACUAUGUAUUUUGCUUUGCCAGACUUGAGUUAUCGGGCAGUGCCAGUGUGAGGGGCAGAAGUACAGAAUUGCCAUGUGGCUUCCCCUGGUUUCCAGCAGGGGGUGCUGUUCCUCUUUGGCAAAAGUCACAGCAGGAUGGCAGAUACGCAAACUGCCACAGGGCUUGGGGCACAGGAGCUUCACUGCCUCAGCUGCACAGCCUACCCCAAGUUUCGGCCUCCUUUUUGAUAUCGACGGGGUUAUCGUGAGGGGCAAAAAGCCCAUUCCAGGGGCGGCCGAGGCCUUCCAGAAGCUGGUGGGCAGAGAUGGGCGAAUGACGGUGCCCGUGGUCUUUGUGACUAACGCCGGGAACUGUGUGCGCCAAACUAGGGCAACGGAACUGAGCAGGGUGCUGGGUGUUGAGGUGCUGCCGGAGCAAGUCAUUCUCUCUCACAGCCCCCUGCUCAUGUUGGAGCAAUUUCACGACAAAUGCGUCCUGAUGUCUGGCCAGGGGCCCGUGGCAGAGAUAGCCAAGGAUCAGGGCUUUCGGAAUGUGGUGACCAUUAAUGACCUGCGGAUGGCGUAUCCUUUGCUUGAUAUGGUGGAUCACAACCGCAGACCUAAAAACCCAACUCCAGUGAUCCAGAACUUUCCAGCUAUUGAAGCUGUGAUCCUAUUGGGUGAGCCAGUGCGGUGGGAGACCAGCCUGCAGCUAAUCCUGGAUGUACUGCUGAGCAACGGGCGCCCAACGGCAUGGCUUCCCCAGGUCCCAUACCCGCAUAUCCCUGUCCUUGCCUGUAACAUGGACCUUCUAUGGAUGGCCGAAGCUAAAAACCCCAGGUUUGGGCACGGUACAUUCCUCGUUUGCCUGGAGACCCUCUAUCACAAACUGACUGGGCAGGAGCUGAGGUACGAGGCGCUGAUUGGGAAGCCCAGUAGGGUGACUUACAGUUUUGCACAACACCUCAUACUGGAGCAGGCAAGGAAGAGAGGCUGGAAUGCCCCCAUUCGCACUCUUUAUGCUAUUGGGGACAAUCCAAUGGCUGACAUCUACGGGGCCAAUCUCUACAAUCGCUUCCUCAAGAGCAACCAGGGGAGGUCAGAGGAUGGGCUGCCCCAGAGCUGCCGGUCUAUCUUGGUGUGCACUGGGGUGUACAACAAUCAGGGGGAGGUGCCGUCAGACACACGAGAGAGCGUCACUCAGACCGUCUUCCAUGGGCACCGAGACUUCCGACUCGACCCCACCUUGGUGGAGGCAUCGCACAUUGUGAAAGAUGUGGAACAUGCUGUGAAUUUGGUGCUGAAGGAAGAGGGUUGGGUCUCAGAGAGUGAAGGAACGGAGAAGAUCAAAACCCCAAGUGAAUGAAGCAGGGCGGGCUGAGGAGGAUUAUGGGUAUCCAAAGGGAAUGAAUGGCAGUGGAAGGGAAUGAAUGGUACCGGAAGGGAAUGGCAGUGGAAGGGAAUGAAUGGCAGUGGAAGGGAAUGAAUGGCAGUGGAAGGGAAUGAAUGGCACCGGAAGGGAAUGAAUGGCACCGGAAGGGAAUGAAUGGUACCGGAAGGGAAUGAAUGGCAGUGGAAGGGAAUGAAUGGUACCAGAAGGGAAUGAAUGGCAGUGGAAAGGAAUGAAUGGUACCAGAAGGGAAUGAAUGGCAGUGGAAGAGAAUGAAUGGUACCAGAAGGGAAUGAAUGGCAGUGGAAGAGAAUGAAUGGUACCAGAAGGGAAUGAAUGGCAGUGGAAGGGAAUGAAUGGCAGUGGAAGGGAAUGAAUGGCAGUGGAAGGGAAUGAAUGGUACCAGAAGGGAAUGAAUGGCAGUGGAAGGGAAUGAAUGGCAGUGGAAGGGAAUGAAUGGCAGUGGAAGACAGAAGAUGUGGUUGGAAGAUAUGAAGAAGAAUAGGCAGAAUAGUGCUAUUUUACUGGUUUUAGCAUGGAUACUGGGACAUUCGCCACUUUUAAAAGGAAAUGUCCUUUGUAAAUAUACGGGUUUUAUAAUUUGUGUGAUUAUUGUUUAUUUUAGCAAUUUUAGAAUAUUUUAGCAUUCAGUUCACAGAUGUCCAGCCUGCACCCUAUCAAUUUUACUUGAACUAUAAAUUGCAGCUAAAAGCUAUAGAGGGUUCUGGGAGUUGUGGGCAGGUUAGCUGAAAGGCAAUAGUGUGGAGUAUAGGUACCAGAUGGCCGCAAUGCAGAAGGAACCGGACAGACUGUUGUCUAUAGGCAAGUCGUAUUGACUCUUCCAGUCUCAGGCAAAUCCAAUCAGACAGUAGGUUGGUUACACCAGAAGCCCAAAGUGCCUCCGUUACGGCCACAUAGGCGUGGAACAAUAAAAUCAGCUUUCUGAUCUCCAUCACUGAGCAGAUCCAACUUUACUGAAGGGUGAAAUACAGCACAACUGUAUAUACGCACUGUGGGAUCUUAAAGGGGAAGUAAAACCUACUCUCAUGCCUUACUCCUUUACUGACAACCGACUAACCCAGAGACUGUAUUGCCUCGAUUAAACUAUGCAAGGAGCCAGAUUUACAUGCCUGAUAUCUGCAGAUACAGAACUUUUGUCCUGUCCCCAUUUUAACCACAUGACCUUAUCAAACAUGGCUUUGUUUAUUAAAGGGCAAAUAAACUGCAUAAAGUUGAGAAAA